UCCCCUGCCACCCCCCAUGCACCCACCAGGUGAGUGAGGACACUCUGAGAAGUCAGCAGCCCUCUCCUAACAGUACUGGCACCCGAUCUCCCACUACCAGUCUCCAGAACCUAGUGAAGGAAAUUUCUGUGGUUAUAAGCCACUUAGUCUACAGGGUUUUUGUUAGAGCAGCCCCAACGAACUAAGACAACUUGCUUAUCCUUUUGCCUUAUUUCUCAAUUGGUUGAGAACUCUGGCAGGGAAGGGGCCAUCUUUUGGACCUUCCCAAAAAGCCCAACACAGGGAGGCUUCUUUGAACAAGGUAUAAUGUCCGGUUAAUAAGCGAGAGCAAUAAUUCAGCACUGGGGACGUGUUUUCUCUCUUCCAUUCACUUAUUCAUCCCACAUUGACGUGUUAAGCACCCACUACAUGCCUGGCACUUCGCUAGGUACCCAUCAAGUAAGGAUGAGCCAUUGACAGUGGGAGCAAAGGGCCUGAUCAAAACUGAACGGAGUUCUCACGUCCGACCUUCCUCCAGGAGACUGAACAAGAAGGAGGCAGAAGUUCCCGAUCCCCCAGCCGUGCUCAACAUCAGCCCGUUGCAUGUUUUUCAACAAAAAUCAGCCAGAGUUGGUUGCCUUUGCGAGAGAAAAUACCAUCACGACUGGCAACACAUGGACUGGUGAGGGGCUAAUGUGGAGUGUGGGUGACGUCGCGGCGGCCUGCAGUCACCUCUCGCCCGGACCGUCCUUACCUCUGCGAGUCAGGCCCACAAACCACAGCACAGGGUCCGGAUGCAAACCCCACUCCCUUCCACCCAGCCCCAUCGCCAUCCCCCGUGGGGUUCAUUUUCCCCAUCCAACCCGGCAGACCUCCAAAUCCUGGCAGAAGGAACGAGGCUCCCGAGGAGUGCACAGCCUGGACAGACGAACCAGGGCUGCAGAGUCACCUCUGGCAAGACACGGUCACACCUGCAGAGCAAAAGCCUCGUCUUUCUCAUCUAUUUUUACUUCUCAGGAGACCCUGGUCCCUCGAGAACUGUUUUCACCUCCUCGGCUCUGCAUACGUGUUUUGCACAUGAUAUUAAAUAGUAACCUUUUGAGUUUCCCACAUCCUGAUAUGCUCUGGACCCACUGGCCACAUUUUUACACACACACACACACACCCCACACCCCAGUCUAUGCUAGCUGA